AUGAAACGUCUUCUCCCAAGAAUGCAUCUCUUCGAGAUAGAUGACCAGCCAUGGUUCCCUCCAAUCCUUCGCCGCGCUGUACAAGCAGCACUCACGCAUGCAUGGAGACUGAAAACGCCCAUUAUCCAGCCAGUCCCUCCAGCUCAAUUUGCUGGACAAAUUCUCAUCCGUGAGCUGGGCCCAUCUCUAUCUCAGUAUACAUUUGUCGACUUUUGUGCCGGGGCCGGUGGCCCUACGCCAUACGUCGCUCGGGAGGUCAAUACAUAUCUUGCCAGCAAAAACGAGGAGCCCGCCACCUUCGUGCUCUCCGACAUCCACCCCAACCUGGAGUCCUGGGAGAGGAUUUCUCGGCUCAAUCCCCAGGUCAAGUAUGAGCCCACGUCAGUGGAUGCCGCCAGAGCCCCUCCACAGCUCGUGCAGCGAGGUGACGGCAAGAAGCUCAUGCGACUGUUCAAUCUCGCUUUCCACCACUUCGACGAUAAGCUGGCCAAGGAUAUUUUGCGAGACACUGUCAAAACCAGCCAUGGAUUUGCCAUUUUCGAGCUGCAGGAUCGAAGUUUCGCGAGCUUUGUCGCAGUCACACUUCUGUUGUUCGUGGCUUUGGGCUGGGCCCCAGUGCACUCUCUCAAGACGAGAUCCCCAACCACCUUCUUCUUCACUUGGAUCAUCCCCAUCAUCCCAUUUGUUCUCAUUUACGAUGGGUACAUCUCCUCACUACGGACUCGCGAGCCUGAAGAAGUCGAGGCUUUGCUCCGUAGUUGCGGUGCGAACACCAGCGCGUGGGAGAUAAAGAGCGGGCGGGAACUUCAUGCAUGGCCAGUCGGCUACAUCAGCUGGGUCGUGUGCAGGCCAAUCGGGGAGAAGCGCAGAUUUGCGAUUGAGUGA